CAUGUAUUAAGAAGAAAAAGCAGCCAACUGGAUAACAAGAACAAACAUAUUCAGUUUUCACAGAGUUUCACAGAGUUUUACCAUCAUCCACGAUUGCAGAAUGUUCAGGGAAGCUUCUCCAAAGAGCCAUAAAAGGAUCCCAUGGUUUUGGCUUAUUUUCAUCGUGUCAACAAUAUUGACAUCCACCUGUGGACUCAAUAUAAACAGCUCAUUGUCUCGCUAUUAUGUGGCUCGAGGAGACAGUGUUAGCCUUAAAUGUGAGUUCACCCUUGCACCUGAGGAUCUGUGUCAAUUGGAGAUCGAAUGGUUCCUCAAUUCUGCAGACAUCCGAGAAGAAGAUAAGUCCCUCAUCUGGUAUGUUAAUGACAGAAUACAUAACCGACAUGAUGGCUUCCAUUUUUCCUCUCCGGAUCCCCAAGAUGGUGAUGCAUCAUUAACCUUAAAAGAUGUUAAGUUAACGGACACAGGAACAUAUCAGUGUAAGGUGAAAAAGGCUCCUGGAACCAAAAGCAAGAUAAUGCAGGUGAUGGUGAUGGAGAAGAUAUCUAAGCCAGAAUGUGGGAUCAAUGGAGAUGUUAAGAUGGGCAACAAACUGAGGGUGAAUUGCAGCGUCUUGCAAGGUGACCACCCCAUACAGUUCCACUGGGAAAAAAUAACCGGAGAUCGGUUGUUUCCUGAGAACCGGACCCAUUUUGACAGCAUCCAAGGUGACCUGUAUAUAAAGGACCUCCAAGCAACUGACUCAGGAACCUACCGCUGCACAGCUGCAAACUCUGUGAGUGAAGAAUACUGUGACCUCAUUCUCCUUCCCGCAUCCUCAUCAGCAGUUACCAUCAACAUCAUCGUCAUCACCAUCGUUGUCAUCAUCACCGCUAUCACGAUUACCACAGUUAUGAUUUCCGGCUACUGCAGAAGGAAAUUCAGAAUUGAAACAUUUCAACUUCUUCCCUAUAAGUGGAUGAUUGGAAAGAGGCGAGGCCAGCACAGUGCAGAGGAUGAUAGCAUGAACGUUGUACUGAAGUCAUGGAUCCAGUUGGAGUCAGGAGAAGAUCCUGAAAACCCUGUGUGCGUACACAGCGAUGGGCACGAAUGAGGAGAUAACUGUGAAGGACGAUUCUGAAGGUACUGUCCUCUGAAGGUGUAGUGGUCUUCUUGAAGCAGACCUCUGUGGAUUCGACUUCUGUAACUGCAGCUAAGAUGUCAGUGUAACGUCACUGGAACUGAAACUGGACAUGUUCAUGUACUACAUGUUGAUGUAUUGUGCCACUGUGUGUUUUCAGACAGGAGAGACCUGUUGUUUAUUUAGUAACACAGUUGUGAUUUGAAAGGAAACUCUGUUAAGUAUUUUGAUUUGUGUCUUUAAUAUAUCUCGUGUAUCAUAUCUCGUGCGCCAUCGUGUUUCACAUUUUCUCCAGCCCCAGCAUGAAGGCAAUGUGUCUAAUUGUACUGUAUUAUUUUUGAAAUGAACUUAAUGUGGAUCCCAAGAUUGGAUAAUCGGAGGACCUGUUCUGCUAUACAGAAUCCACAAUGUAUGCCACCUUGAUUGGUUUUAGUGUUUAACGUAUUUAAUGGCAUAGUCACUGGCAAUAAAAAUCAUUUGAAUUGGA